CCUCUGGGAGCAAGACUGCCGGGACGCCCCGCCCCUCGCCGCGGCCCUGGGCGUCACUACGCCCGGCUCCGAGCCUCCGCCUCCGCGCCGCUGGGGCGGCCUGCGUCCAUCCAGCAGCUAGCGACCGUGGGCCAUGGCCGCCGCGGGGAGUGGCCGGCUCCUGCGCUUCGCCUCCGCGGCCCUGGGUGGCCCGGCUCGCCGCCCGCUGCUCCUCGCCGGACCCCACGCGGGAGCCGGCGGCCGGCUGGGGAACCCGGGACCCGGCCUGGGCGGUGGCGCGCGGGCAAGCCGGUCGCUGAGCUUGUCGGCGCGGAGCAGCUCAGAAGAUAAGGUAACAGUCCACUUUAUAAACAGAGAUGGUGUAACAUUAACAACCAAAGGAAAAGUUGGUGACUCUCUGCUUGAUGUUGUGAUUGAAAAUAAUCUAGAUAUUGAUGGUUUUGGUGCCUGUGAGGGAACCCUGGCUUGCUCUACCUGUCACCUCAUCUUUGAAGAUCACAUAUAUGAGAAGUUAGACACAGUUACUGAUGAGGAAAAUGACAUGCUUGAUCUGGCUUAUGGACUCACAGACAGAUCACGGUUGGGCUGCCAAAUCUGUUUGACCAAAUCCAUGGACAAUAUGACUGUUCGAGUACCUAAGGCCGUGGCUGAUGCCAGACAAUCUAUUGACGUUGGCAAGAAUUCCUAAACUACGAUAAGAAGAAAUAAUUUCGUAAAAAUUUACCUAUUUUUAUAAUUCUUAAUAUAAUUGAAUGAGAACAUGGCUGAAUGAAUUUAUUAUUAUGACUAGCUUUACCAUUUUACUUCACCUUGUUUAACUAUUGAAUUUUGUAUUAUUAAACAUGCAAUUUUUGCUUUGGUUAAAAUAUAAAAAUAUCAGUUAAAUAUUAGAAAAUAACUGGUAAUGAUAAAAAUCUUACAUAUUUUACCUUAUGGUUCAUAACUUUAGCAAAAUGUUACCACAUAAUCUUAUGCCCGCUUAUUUAGGGGGCAGGUUAAGAUAAGAUUACCCCUGCUUGAUGUGGGUGAAGGCAGAGAUCUAAAACGGCUUGUCCAGGGUGAUAUGACUAACUAGAAAAUUUGUACUAGAACCUGCAUCUUACUAUUUUAAGUUAGUUUUAUGUUCAGAUUGAUACUGGAGAAAUUAUGCACAUCUUACUUUUAGCACUAAUUAAAUGAAAAUGAGUGUGAAAAAAUAUUCAGUGAACUGCUUAAUUUCCAAGAUAGCUAUUAACUUUAUAAAUAAAUAUUUCAAAAUUUUGAUUCAGUGAGAGAUGUUUAGUGUGAACUUAGACAUUAUGACACUGUCAAGUUUGAUGUCUGUUCUGACUAAACCAGGGGAUAAACUAAAAUUAGAUGUCUUCAUUUUUUCUAUUCCAAGCAACAUAGUCUAUCUUUGCAGUCUUUUGAAAAUAAUGUUGAUUCUUAGAAUGGAAAUCUUGUGAAUUAGGUCCUAACCCAGAGGACACAAGCAGGCUGCCACAUCCCACUGCCUAGGGGGUACCCUUCUUCUCAGGUGUGCAGCCUGGGUAGCCAUGUGCUACAGUCCCAGAAAUGAGGGACUCUUUUACUAAUUAUAUAUGGAAGGCGUUUGUAUCCAUAUCUUUGCAAUAAAUAAAUUCAUAAAAGGUAAUAAAUGGAUACAGUGUGCUCUUUGGAUAUAUAAUAAAACAUCAGCUAACCUGGACUAAUUAUGAAGAAGAGCAGGACAAAUAAGGAAAUAUGUGAGUUAUAAGAUAGUCCAGUGAGCUUUCAAGUACUUAAAUAUGGUUUGGUAAUUUGUAUAAAUAUUGGUCAACUCUUAGUACUUGACAUACCCUAUGUGUUAUGCUUGUUAAGAAUGCAGAGAUGAACAAGACAAGGAAUGCCCUCAGGGAACUCAUCUUUUAUUAGGAAACAUAAAAUGUGUAUGUACAAAUAAUUUGCUUGAACCAAAUUGAUCAAUUUGCCAAAUAAAAUUUUAAGCUUAUUAAUAUACAAAAGGUGAUUGGGAAGAACUUGAGGCAUCUUACGUUCAUUUAAUGUUUAAUGACCAUUGAAUACUUUCUAUAAUUAGAAUACUAUACUUUUAAAGUACUUCAAAGUGAUUUAUUCUCUUAAUUAGCUUAUUAUUCUUGUAUUCUUGUACAGAUCACCUGAAUUCUCCAGAUUUACUUUAAUGAUUAUAUUCAGCCAGAUUACUCUAAAAUUCAGUUUAAAUUAUCAAACUUCAAAAUAGAAAAGUUCAAAUUAUUUAAGUUUAAUUGUAUUACUUAAAUAAACUUAAAUUUAUUAAAUGGA